GAAAAGGCAUUCGAGGAUCUAACGCUCUUGCCGAUGGUUGAAUACCCGGACAUCUGUUACCGCUACCCUGGGCGACUAUAUGACGUUAUGUACACUCCUAUCAUAUAGGCUGCGCACGGAGGACUAGACUAGCUACAGCCCUAUACAGCGGAGUUUGCGUUACACAGUCUACCCCAGUAUUCAGCUGCCCUCACUUUCCACUUGCCUCACAAGGGGCAAGAUUUGGCGCUUCUCCAACUCUGACUACGUGUGAAUUGUUUUCUACUCCGGUCAAAACUGAGCUACGGCGUGCUUCAGCCAACUACGACGUUGUUUGACAAGGCGCGACGUAAUUUGGAGAACUCACGCGUAGUUCACCCAACGAGCUUCAAUACGACUUGUCUUUCGGCCUGAGCCAAGCUGAGAUAGAACUUCUUUUGGUGGUACGUGUCCUGUGUAGUGAAGCCUUCAGUAUCAGUUUUCCUGUAAGCGUGGUUCGACUCUGCAUCCCCUGUAACUCCUCAGCGACCCAGGCAGCGUAUGUGAUGGCGCCCAUUUGCCACACGUGGCGGCAGUUGAAGUCAAAGUACAGCAUCUACCACAUCUUUGUCUUCUCCUUAACCUUUCUCAGCUAUGCAUCCAUCUCCGCCACAAGAAAAACCUUCAGUAACGUCAAGACCACCAUCUCUUCUGAGUGGACUCCCCAGUUCUGUAAUACUACAGAGUCAUGUCUUCGACCACAUACGAUUUGGAUGGACCAUCGCCUGUUUGACUCAAUGGGAGAUGCAGAACCAUUUCUGGGUUGGUUGGACUCCACCCUUCUUAUCUCCUAUGCAUUGGGUUUAUACAUCAGUGGCGUCAUCGGAGACAGGUUUGACAUGAGGAAGAUGCUAUCUCUGGGAAUGUGUCUAUCCGCUGUUGUAGCGUUUGUGUUUGGGUGCUUGACGGAGUGGGUACAUCUCUACAGCAAGCCAUUUUACAUCACCAUGUACGUGCUGUUCGGACUAACGCAGUCCAUGGGCUGGCCAUGUGUAGUCGCCAUCAUGGGGAACUGGUUCGGGAAAUUAUCCCAAGGUCUUGUUUGGGGUAUGUGGUCGGCCUGUCCCUCUGUUGGCAACAUCAUAGGAGCCUUGGUGGUGGCACAGGUUCUGGACUAUGGCUAUGAGUACGCAUUUUUGGUAACAUCGACAAUUCUCUUUGCUGGAGGAAUUGUUAAUUUCUUUGCCCUUGUGCCUUCUCCGAAAGAAGUUGGUUAGUAAUCGUAUAUGUUAUCCAUUCCUUACACAAUACUUUUAAAUGCUUUUUCUU